AAUGCGAAUCACUUUAUCGUUGACGUGAGGUCAACAACAGAUGGACUGUGCAGUGUAAGAUCGACUCGCCCUCCUAAUUGACGCGAGGAAGAGGAAGAGCAAACAGUCAUGGAUGUUUCAGCGCACGAUGUCUUUUGGUCGGCCCCAUCGAAGAAGGAAGCCAUGGAAGCUGUUUCUGACCUUCAGAUGAUAUCGUCGCCAACGAAUGGACAAUCUUCAUCUGGCUUAGUUCGGAGUCACCCUGGUCGUCCGUUUCCUGAAUUGAGCUUACUACUUUCUCAGACACAUCAUACAAUUGUUGAUGCACUGCACCUCCUGUGGACUAAUCCAACUUUUAAGAACAUGGUGAUUUCAUUGGCAACUGACAAAGCUGUCUGGAAUGCUAUCAUGAAGAAUAAGAUGGUCCAAGAAUUCAAGAGCACAUAUCAUCCAGAAAAGUAUUUAAAACAUGUGGAACUCCCCCCUCCCUCAAGUCAGGCACAAUGGUCAGAUGCAGCCCCUAACCUUUUUGCACAAAUUUUAAGUUUCCUUUGUAGGAUUGCCAAAGCAGUAGUGAUGAAGUUUAUAGACGACAUCAUCAGUCUUGUGAACAAACUCUUCGAUCAACAUAUGAGUGAAUUUACUACGGAAAUUGCCAGUGAGUUGGUGAAGUACGCCUUUAUGCUCUCUGUUCUGGUUUUCAUUAUUGUCAUAUUGAAACGCAGCAUGACAUCCAGUGCUUGAUAAUGCUGUUUUAGGGUUCGUUUGAGACGGCUUUUUUACUGUUUUUUAAAGUAGCUUUUUAGAAUAAAACUUUUAAUUUUUUACUAAAAAACUACGUAGAGAAGUAAUAAAAAAGCCGUCCCAAACGAAAUCUUAUUCUCCUAAACUUUCUGAUAGGUUUGUAUCACAGUGCUGCAAGACAUUACUUAGAUUUUAUCCAGUAUAAAUAAGCUGUAAACCGUCUUUUUUGUACACAAUUAAAUUUGCUGGUUUUUAUUUGAAGGUGUGGUGUUGUUUGCUUGGUCA